AGCGCAGAGCGGCUGUGGGUGAUGAGGAGAUUAUCUCCUUUAGUCUCUCAGUAUUAACGCGACCCGGACUGGGACCGGUCUGGGACUCAACAUGGGGAACUCAGACACCAAACUCCACUUCAGGAAGGCUGUGAUCCAGCUCACCACCAAGACCCAGCCUGUCGAGGCGUCAGACGAUCUGUUCUGGGAUCAGUUCUGGGCCGACAGCUCCACCACGGUGCAGGACGUCUUCGCUCUGGUGCCGGCGGCCGAGAUCAGAGCCGUCCGGGAGGAGUCCCCCUCCAACCUGGCAACCCUCUGCUACAAGGCGGUGGAGCGUCUGGUGCAGGCUGCAGACUCCGGCUGCCCCUCAGAUAAAGAGCGUCAGAUCGUGCUGAACUGCUCCCGGCUGCUGACUCGGGUCCUGCCCUACAUCUUCGAGGACGCAGACUGGAGAGGAUUCUUCUGGUCCACGGUGCCCGGGGCCGGCAGGGCGGGGCAUGUGGACGAGGACGGCGAGGACGAGUCCCGUCCUCUGGCUGAGUCUCUGCUGCUGGCUGUAGCUGACCUUCUCUUCUGUCCAGACUUCACGGCUCAGAGCCACAAGAAGAGCAGCAGCCCGGACACGGCGGAGGACCUGCGCUCCAUCGACAGCUGUGAGUACAUCUGGGAGGCCGGAGUCGGCUUCGCUCAGUCUCCUCCACUCAACUACGCCCAUGACCUCAACAGGACGGAGCUGCUGAAGCUGCUGCUCACCUGUUUCUCUGAGGCCAUGUACCUCCCUCCAUCCUCCGACAGCAAGAACCUCAACCCCUGGGUCUCCUUCUUCUGCUCCACAGAGAACAGACACGCGCUGCCUCUGUUCACCUCGCUGCUGAACGUGGUGUGUGCGUACGACCCGGUGGGCUACGGCUUCCCCUACAACCACCUGCUGUUCUCGGACCAGCGGGAGCAGCUGGUGGAGCAGGCGCUGCAGAUCCUUAUCGUCAGCCUGGAGCACGAGGGGGGGUCUGCAGCCAGCGCCGCCCUGCAGGCCCUGGACCCCUCGGGACCGGCCUCGGCCCUGGAGGAGCAGGAGCCGUCCGGACCUGAAAACCUGUUUGUGAAUUAUCUCUCCAGGAUACACAGAGAAGAGGACUUGAGCUUCGUGCUGAAAGGUCUGGGGCGGCUCAUGAACAACCCUCUGGUCCAGACCUACCUGCCCCGCUCCGCCAAGAAGAUCCAGUUCGACCAGGAGCUGCUGAUCCUCUUCUGGAAGUUCUGCGACUUCAACAAGAAGUUCCUGUUCUUCGUGCUGAAGAGCAGCGACGUGCUGGACGUGCUGGUUCCCAUCCUGUUCAGCCUCAACGAUGCCCGAGCAGACCAGUCUCGUGUGGGUCUCAUGCACAUCGGUGUGUUCAUCCUGCUGCUGCUGAGCGGAGAGAGGAACUUCGGCGUCCGUAUGAACAAGCCGUACACGCUGCGCGUCCCCAUGGACAUCCCCGUGUUCACCGGGACGCACGCCGACCUGCUCAUCGUGAUCUUCCAUAAGAUCGUGACCAGUGGACACCAGCGGCUGCAGCCUCUGUUCGACUGUCUGCUCACCAUCAUAGUGAACAUCUCUCCGUACCUGAAGAGUCUGUCCAUGGUGGCAGCCAGUAAGCUGCUCCACCUGCUGGAGGCCUUCUCCACGCCCUGGUUCCUCUUCUCCAUCCCCCAGAACCACCACCUGGUCUUCUUCCUGCUGGAGGUCUUCAACAACAUCAUCCAGUACCAGUUUGAUGGGAACUGUAACCUGAUCUACGCCAUCAUCAGGAAGAGGAACGUCUUCCACCAGCUGGCCAACCUGCCGUCGGACACCGCCUCCAUCCAGAGAGCGCUGCAGAGGAAGAAGAGGUCCGGCAUCUCCAGGACCAGCUCCAUAGACACCCAGUCCAUGGAGGGCUCCAGACCUGCUGUCCCUGCUGAGCCCGGGACCCUGAAGACCAGCCUGGAGGCCACGCCAGGGAUCGAUAAGAUCACAGAGAAGUCCCAGGUGAGUGUGGACGGCACCAUGGUGACUGUUCCUCACUCUGACUCUCCUCAGACAGCAGCAGAGAACGGAGCCGGAGCCAGCGACACCGAGUCCAACUCAGAGAGAGACACAGAGGUGAUCCACACAGAGUCGGAGCCAGCAAGGAGUCGUCUGUCCAGUGAGUCUGGAGCUGCUGCAGCCUGGAGCCCAAACACAGACUGGGUAGAGUCAUGGAAGGUGAAGCUCCCUCUGCAGACCAUCAUGCGGCUGCUGCAGGUUCUGGUUCCUCAGGUGGAGAAGAUCUGCAUCGACAAGGGUUUGACGGACGAGUCAGAGAUCCUGAAGUUCCUGCAGCACGGCACGCUGGUGGGCCUGCUGCCCGUCCCCCAUCCCAUCCUCAUCAGGAAGUACCAGGCCAACGCUGGCACCGCCAUGUGGUUCCGCACCUACAUGUGGGGCGUCAUCUACCUACGGAACGUGGAUCCUCCGAUCUGGUACGACACGGACAUCCGGCUCUUUGAGAUCCAGAGGAUUUAGAGAGACACUCUGCAGGUUUUAUAUCUCUUCUCAGCUGAACACGGACCAGAUGAACAUUUCUCAGCUCUCUGCUGUCAGCUGGACACAACAAGCAACAAAAAUAUAUUUUAUUUCAACCUUUCAAUCUGCCAACUUCCAGGAUUCAGAAGUCUGAAUGUGUCAAACAUCAGUUAUUGUGUCUCACAUGCAGCCAAACGGUCAUUAAAUCUGACAUAAUCAUGAAA